AUGUUAGUCAACGAACUUAAUACCAAAGAAUCCAGUGGUCUGUUGUCUGCAGUGGAUCGAAUGCGUGAAAUAUUACACAAUGAAAAGAUAACUUUACCAGAAAUAAUAGUAGUUGGCGAUCAAUCAGUCGGUAAAUCAUCGGUACUUGAAGCUAUUUCGGGAAUACAAUUACCUCGAGCACAAAACAUUUGUACACGAUGUCCAUUAGAAUUACGAAUGAAAUCAACGGCAAACAUUGAAUACGCUAUCAUUCGUAAUAGUAAACGAUCAGAAGAUGCAGCUGAAACCUUAAAUGAUAUGAAUGAGAUUAGUAAUGCAGUUACACGACUUACUAAAGAAAUUGCUGGUGAAGGAACAAAUGUAAGCUCGACACCGAUCUAUUUAACAGUGUAUAAACGACAUAUGCCGUAUGAUUUGACGCUUAUUGAUUUACCUGGAAUCACUCGAAAUCCACUUCCUGGUCAACCCAAAGAUAUUCAUGCACAGAUUUUGAAUUUAAUCAAUAAAUAUAUAGAACCAGUAACAGCAGUUGUUUUACAUGUUAUUCCAGCAUCGGUUGAUUUUGCAACAUCAGAAUCGAUGAAAUUAGCUAAAGAAUUUGAUCCACAAUGUCUUCGACAGUUAAUAGCUGUUUCAAAAAUUGAUAAAUAUGAUAAAGGUAUUGCGGAAAAGCUGUUAGGCCGAGGGCCAGGAGCGAUGCAAUUAAAAUUGGGUUGUAUUGCUGUACUUAAUCGGAAUCAAGAUGAAAUCGAUGAAAAUAUUUCAUUUGAAGAAAUGAAGAAACGUGAAGCCGAUUUCUUUCUCAAACAUCAUGAAGCAUUUCAAUAUCUACCUGAUGAAUUUAAAGGUAUCGAUCAAUUGGUUAAAAAAUUAGCAAUUAUUCAGCAAGAUCGUAUUCGUUCAACUCUUCCACAAGUUAUUGAAGAAUUACGAAAACAAAUUCGAGAAAAAACGCUUGAACUUAAAAAUAUUCCGAUUCCUAUGACAUCAGAACAAGAUUGCUGGAUGAAAUUUCAAUCGAUGAUAAAUGCAUUUCGUGAAAGUAUUCGAACUAAAGUCAAUGGAGAUUAUGAUAUAUUAACAAGAAUUAAUACGAUUACUAACAGUAAUCAAAUAUCAGCAAAAUCAAUUGAUUCUAAAAUGUUAUCUUCGUGUAAAACAAGUGAAAAUUCAAUGGAUACUAUGCUUGGCGAUGAUCGUCUUGCCUAUCAUAUUUAUAGAUUUCAAAGAAAAUUUCAAGAUGAACUUAUGAAAAGUUUUUCUGAUUUUUUCUCAUCGGAUUAUUAUAAACUUGUUCUACAAGCGAUUGAUGAUGGUGCGGGCGUAUCGUUACCUAAUUUUCCGAGUUAUCAAAUAAUCGAACGACUUUUUCAUGGCGAACUUCAACGUAUACCGCGUACUUGUUUUGCUUUAAUUGCACGUAUUAGCGAAUAUCUCAAAGAAAGUUUAUUGCGAAUUUUUCAUCAAACAUUUGAUAUUCAAUAUAUUCGUCUAGUUGAACAACUUAAAGAUGUUAUCAUUAAACAAAUUGAUCUAGCUGCUGACCGAGCAACUGAACGCAUUCAAGAAAUACUAGAUAUGGAAUAUAGAAUUUUUACAAUAAAUAAUUUAUAUCCCGAUAAAGUUAACGAAAUGAAAGAACGACUUAUAAAGAAAGACAAAGAGCAACAAGGCGAAGCUCCACCACCUCCGAUAACAAUGACUGCUGCUGCUCCACUAAUAAUGCAGAUUGAUUCUAUACAGAAAACCGAUUUAAAAAAGCUUCUCAAACCAAUUCCAGGCUCGAAAUCUGAAGCAUUAAUUUCGAAAGUUGAUGAUUCAACUUCAACUGUAAAACCUGAAAUAUUAACAGCAGCAUCGCCUGCCACUCCCAUGAUGGUUCCUAGUUCACAUAAAUUAACAUUCUAUGAAUCUCUAGCAGCCGUAGAUAUUCAAAUAACAUUGGAAUCUUACUGUUUGGUUGUAAGAAAACGUAUUAUUGAUACUAUUUCUCAAAUAUGUUAUCAUCAAUUUAUCACAAAAUGCGCUCUUGUUAUCGAUCAAGCUUUAACAAUAGCUUGUCCCUCGUCAGAUUUACUGCGUUUCAUGAAAGAACCUACGGAACAAACGAGCCGACGAGACAAUUUAGUACGCACUAUUAAAGCCUAUGAAGAUGCAUUGCGACUUGGUCAAGGCUAUUUGUAA